AUGUAUGCCCGAUGUGCAACAUGUAUCUUGAACAAGUUUUCACAAAAUAGUCAGGCUUCAUGUUGUUUUAGAGAGCGGGCUUAUGAAAUGUUUAUGCAUGGCUACCACUCAUACAUGACAUAUGCGUUCCCAGCUGAUGAACUUAUGCCUCUUUCGUGUCGUGGUCGUGUACGAGGAGUUACUCCAAGUCGCGGCGAUGUCGACGACUGUCUUGGAAAGUAG